AUGAUUAUCCCUGUUCGUUGUUUCUCCUGCGGAAAGGUCGUUGGUGACCUUUGGGAACGUUACUUGCAGCUGCUGGACGAUGGUGUUCCCGAUGGUGAUGCUAUGGACCAACUUGGCUGUAAACGGUACUGCUGCCGACGAAUGAUCAUGACUCACGUGGAUCUGAUCGAAAAGCUCCUUCGCUACAACUCCGCCGAGAAGGAUCGCUCCAAGGCUCAAGUAUAA